GCCCUCCCAUUCACAGGUAUACUGCAGCUAUGACACAGACCCUCCCAUUCACAGGUAUACAGUGAAUACUUUAUUGUCAAAGGGACAACACAUAAUCUGGAUAUGCUAUGGAGACAAUACGCCUCAGUCUUUUCGUGAUGCUGUGUUUGGGAAUCCACAGGUCAUCUUCAGAUAUUUUGCACCGACAAAAGAGAAACUGGAUUAUUGAUUCCUUCAGAGUUGAUGAGGCCUAUGAAGGACCUUUCCCAUAUUCACUGGGCAAAAUUGAAGUUGAGAAGAAGCUCGUCCUUUUCGAGAUACAUGGUCAAGGUGUUGACAAAGAGCCCACAGGCAUAUUAAAAAUCAACAAUAGCACAGGGGAGAUUUUUGUGCAUGGCCCCGUGGACUAUGAGAAAUUCAAAGUUUUGAAGCUAAGGUUUCAUGCAUUAGAUAGAGAUAAACAUGUAAUAGACACGAAGCUUGGCAUUGAGAUACAAAUUAUCGACUCAAAUGACAACCCUCCAAAGUUUGACCUUGAAAGGUACACAGUCAACCUUAAAGAGUCAACACCACAAGGCACUGAAAUUAUUACCAUUAUGGCAAGCGACUUUGACACUGGAAAAAAUGGAGUGUUUGAUUUCAAAAUAGUCUCAGUAACUCCUAAACCACAUGAGCUGGAGUUCUUCUUAAACCAGAGAAGUAGUACUGGAAGUAUUUCAUUUAAAGGGUGUUUGGACCAUGAGAAAGCAGAUACAUACACCAUUGUAGUGGAGGCUAAAGACAGGGGAGAAAAAAAACAGCUCUCCAGCUCCUGCACCAUCAUAAUCAACAUAGAAGAUGGAAAUAAUCACCGUCCUAAGAUCACAGGGCAAACAGGUCCUGGGAGAGUGAAAGAAGGAGAGGAAAAUGUUCUUGUUUCACGUCUGCAAGUUACAGACGAAGAUAUCAAAGGUACAGGGGCCAGCAGAGCAAAAUAUCAAAUCCAAGGAGACACAAACAACAACUUCAUUAUCACUACUGAUCCUGAGACGAAUGAGGGACUACUGUAUGUGAAAAAGCCUCUAGACUAUGAAGACAGCCCUCAGAAGAACCUGAAUAUCAGUGUAGAGAAUGAGAUCGCCUACCACUCAUGCAAAGUGGUGAAUCGUCAUACCACUGGUCUUUGGCAAGUAGUCACUUACAGUGGUGGUCGAUCUACCUACCAAGUGACAGUGGCUGUGGAGGAUGUCAAUGAUCCUCCAAUAUUUGACAAUCCUAACCAACAAGUAACGGUGGUUGAGAAUGUUGAGGCUGGACAGUACCUGGCAGUAUUUACAGCUAGAGACCCUGACUUUGCUGCCGCAAACACAUUUUUAUUUCAGAAAGGAGAGGAUCCGGAAAAUUGGGUUACAGUGGACAGUGUGACUGGAAAGAUAACCACAACAAAGAUCAUAGACCGAGAGUCACUCCAUGUGAAAGACAAUAUCUAUAAGGUCACAGUAUAUGCUGUUGACAAUGGUAAACCCCCAAUGACAAGUACCGCAACUCUCAGCAUUCAUGUUAGAGAUGAAAAUGACAAUAAACCAUCCCUGGUUGUAAGCACAUUUGACAUGUGCCAGUCUGAUGGACCCUCUCUGGCCAACAUCACAGCCUUUGACUUAGAUGAAGAGCCCUACGGUGGACCUUUUCGCUUCAUGCUUCUCGGAGAGCGGGGAAAGUGGAGGAUUGACCCUGAGGAAGGGUUUUCAGUCAACCUGGUAAAGGAGAACACAGUUCAUUCUGGACACUUUGAGCUGUUGCUCAAAGUGUCUGACCUUCAGGGCGUGAACACUGUCCACAACCUGUCCAUUACUGUGUGCAACUGCUUAGACACAGCGAGGCCAAACUGCCACUUCCGCAAAGCUACUGGCACUGCAUUAGGAGAAGGAACACUUGGGAUUAUCUUUUUCAGCAUACUACUGCUUGCAGGUAUGCUUCUUUUGGCUUUUCUGGUGUCAUGUAAGACACAGAGCAUAGCAAUCCCAGGAGAAGACUCGGGACAACAUCUGAUGAGCUGUAACAUUGAGAAUCCAGGAACUGACUGCAAAACUUUACAUUUUCAACAGGUGGCUUUUGGGCCAUUAAACCAAGUAUACAGUAAGAAUGGGGAACAAAUCCAAACAAUAUCUCAAUCUUCAGCAGUAACGGUGAAGAAAUCAUUUACCAACACAACAAACGCUGCAGGGCUUCAAGCCCAUUCAGAGCGUGUCAUAUCCAAAACUGGACAACAGCAAGGGAACCAUUUGCAUCAGUUGAUAACUGACCCAGUAAGUGAAGCAUCACAAGCCUGCUCAGACAGCACCCAAUUCCAAAGAAAAAACUAAAACAAACAAAAGUUUACAUGUGGGAACUCUCUGCGUUGGGUACUGAAAUUAUUUUAAUUUUUAUUAUUAUUAUUAGGGCCCAAACAGUGGCCGCUGGAGGACCCUAUUGUGUUUGUUAUUAAAAUUAUUCUUAUUAUUAUACUUCUUCUUCCCUAUCGGACGCAUUGUUGGGGUGCCUAGCAUGCAUGAAAAGUUGUAUAAAUUGGCACACACGUCUAAACUGGUGAAAAUAGCGAUCUGAUAUGGGUCUGAUACGGGCGCACAAAAAAGGCCCCCUAACAAUUUUCAAAACCAAAGCCCCCUCCUUUCUCUUUGGCCUACAUUCGCCAAACUUGGUAGGUAUAUGUAUUGUGUUCAGACUUAAAAAUAAGCCUCUUGGAGCCAUACCCUAAACCCUUCAGGAAGUCAGCCAUAUUGAACUGAAUGUGCGUCGAUUUUCCAUUUACACCCUCUGUAUUUUAAUGAACUUGUCUUAGGGAUAUGAUCAGAUCAACUUCAAAUGCGGGCUGUGCCAUCCCAAGACCCUUGUGAUGUUAAAUUGUGAAACUUUUUUAAUUGAUCAAACGGCGUGUCCAUGGCAUGGCGUGGCGUGGGGUUCAAUUUUGAUGAUUCGCCAUGAAAAAGGAAAAAGUGUGUAAAUCGGCUGAACAUGGUCAGAUCUGCCCCAAACUUCACAUGUUUGAUAAGAGUCCCGCCCUGAAGACAUCUACAUGCCAAUAUCCAGUCAUAGUGAAAACGCCACCUAUUGGCAACAGGAAGUGACAUGUUUUAUUUGUUGCGGAACUCCUAGCAGGAUGAUCCGAUUUGACUCAAAACUGUCUAAAAUUAGUCUUAAGACCUACAUGAUGUGAGGUUUCAUGCUUGUGACUUAAUGUAAAACGGCGUUGCCAUGCCAACGCAUUAUUCGCCAUGAAACAGGAAGCUGUAUUUUGAGAGGCUUAGGAAGCUUGAAAUCUCACAAUACUUUGUACACACAUUAGAAUGGUUGUGUUGUGUAGUCUGAUAACUUUCAAGGUCAUGUGUCUCAAAAAAUGGCUCUAUAGCGCCCCCUACAAGAUUUCAAAUUUGUAGGCACGUGUAGAAUGCCAGGAUUUUAAAAAAAUGUCUCUUGGAGCCAUAUGAUAAACCCAACAGGAAGUCGGCCAUAUUGAAUUGAAUGUCUGAUUUUACCUUGUUUAUAGGCUCCGCAUUUUAACAAACUCCUCCAACAGCUUUAACCCGAUCAACUUCAAAUGCAGGCAGUGCGACCUUAAGGGCCGCACGCAACGGAUACACGGGUGCGGCACACCCCGACGAGCGGGAGGUGUUCGGGCCCGCUCAUCGCUGCUUGCAGCUUUAAUUAUUAUUAUUAUAU